AUGUCGGCUGAACCGAUUCCCCCACAUGACGUUGAGCCUGGACAUGAGAUUGACUUUGCUCCCGACGAUCAGCAUGUUGAUGCACCCGCUGGUCCUGAGCCGAUACCUGCUCCUGAGCCGAUGCCAGCUCCUAAGCCUUUGCCUGGUCUUGAUCCGGUACCACUUGGCACACCUGGUGUUGCACCGCUCAUACCAGACCCAAUUCCUGCACCCGUUGACACUGCUACUUUUGCCGGUCAGAUAGACCCCCGAUACGCUUUCACCAGCAAUGGGUGGAUAGAUGAUGAUGAUGAUGACGUACCCCCUUUUGUUGAGCCCGUUACUCCCCCUCAUGCACCUGCACCUGUUGAUGUUGCCCCUUUUCACCCGAUUGUGUCCGAUGUUCACCGCACCGACCUACCUUUCACUUUCUUGCAAGACAUUCCCGCACCCCGUCCAGGGGAAGGCCCGUCUAGCCAACAGCGUAGCCAUGUUCCACAUGUGUCAGCAGCUUUUCCUCACAUGUCUCAGUAUACACCUACUGCUCAUUUUACUUCUUCACCACCAGGCGAGCCACUAAUAUGGUUUCCGCCGAACACUAUGCCAGUUUCUGAUCCCUACCAUCCCUCCCACUUUAUUGGUUACACGAGGGAUGAGUUACUCUUGUCAUUGCAGCUUCAGCAGGAGAUCCUGUGUCGUCGAGUUAUGGAGCUUGAGAGGACUCCACGUCCUCCACCUUGUUUAUGUCCGUCACCUUUUGCGACUCCACCUACUCCUCUUUUUCCUUAUCCAUAUUUCGAUGUUCGAUUUCUCACUAUGGAGCAGCAGAUUAGUUACCUGUUACGUCAUGUUUAUGAUCUUGAGGAGAAGCUCACACAUGUGCGCAGCUUGGUUUUUGUUCCUCCACCUCCUCCUCCACCGCCAUCAGCAUAG